AUGGGAGGUUCCACUAACCUCCUUUCAUUCUUCAUUUUAUGGUUAACCACUUCUUUCACCCUCUUCUCCUUCUCCACACUUUCAAUCUCCACAGAUACCUUAACAAAAUCCCAAUCCCUUCAAACCAACCAAACUCUCCUGUCCCCAAAUGCAAUUUUCGAGCUGGGUUUCUUUUCCUACGCCAAUUCCACCUGGUACUUGGCCAUAUGGUACAAAGCCAUCCACGACGCAGAUAAAACAGUGGUGUGGGUUGCAAAUCGAGACACCCCACUUCAAAAUUCCAUCGGCUUUCUCAAAAUAGGCGAUAAUGGAAACCUCCUCAUCGUAAACCAAUCCCACCAACCCGUGUGGUCCUCCAAUCACACCACACAAAUAACCAACCCAGUUCUUCAGCUCUUGGAUUCCGGGAACCUCAUUCUUCGAGAAGCAAACGAGAAUGACCCCACAAGGUUACUCUGGCAGAGCUUCGAUUACCCGACAGAUACCUUGUUACCCGGCAUGAAACUAGGUUGGAACUUCGACACGGGCAUGGAGAAACACAUAACCUCGUGGAGGGUAACAAACCAAGACCCUUCAAGCGGGGAUUUUUCCUUCAAGCUAGAUUACAGUGGCCUCCCGGAAAUAUUCCUCUGGAACAAGGACCAGAGAAUCUACCGAAGUGGACCUUGGAAUGGCGAGAGAUUCAGCGGGGUACCCGAGAUGCAGCCCGUCACCGAAUCCAUCAAAUUCACGUUCUUUGCGGAUCAGCACCAAGUAUACUACACAUUCUCAAUUGCCAACCACUCCUUGUUCUCCAGACUCUCUGUGACCUCCGUUGGGGAACUCCAACGCCUCACCUGGAUACAAAGCACCCAGGUUUGGAACAAAUUCUGGUACGCUCCGAAAGACCAAUGCGACAACUACAAAGAGUGCGGUCCGUACGGGGUCUGUGACACGAACGCUUCACCGGUGUGUCAGUGUAUGAGAGGGUUCCGCCCCAGGAACCAGCAGGCGUGGAAUUUGCGAGAUGGGUCUGAUGGGUGUGUGAGGAGCACGGGAUUGGCGUGUGGGAGUGACAGGUUUUUGCAUAUGCAGAACGUGAAGUUGCCCGAGACAACAUCGGUGUUCGUGAACAGGAGCAUGGGGCUUGUGGAGUGUGGGGAUUUGUGCCAGAGGAAUUGUUCGUGCACUGGUUAUGCGAAUAUUGAGAUUUCGAAUGGAGGGAGUGGGUGCGUGAUGUGGGUUGGGGAGCUCUUGGACGUGAGACGCUACCCUUCGGGAGGGCAAGAUCUUUAUGUCAGAUUGGCGGCUUCUGAUGUAGGGGUAGAAGGUGGUUCUGGCAAGACAAGUGACACAUUAAAGGAUGUAGGCAUUAUAGUUGGUGUUGCAGCUUUUAUAAUAUUGGCAUUGGGCAUCUUUAUCUUGUGGAAGAAGAAGAAGAAGAAGAAGAAAUUUCAACGUAUAUUAAAAGGGAAGUCAGAAAAAAGAGGUUUUUCGGAAAGGAGUCAGGAUUUGUUAAUGAAUGAGGGAGUGUUUUCGAGUAACAGAGAACAGUCGGGUGAAAGUAACAUGGACGACCUAGAGUUGCCAUUGUUUGAUUUUAACACCAUAACAAUGGCUACAAACAACUUCUCCGAAGAAAAUAAACUUGGACAAGGAGGCUUCGGUAGUGUUUACAAAGGCUGGUUGAAGGAAGGUCAGCACAUUGCUGUGAAGAGAUUAUCAAAAACUUCUGGCCAAGGAAUUGAGGAGUUCAAGAAUGAGGUCAAGUUAAUUGUCAAGCUUCAACAUCGAAAUCUAGUUCGUUUGCUUGGUUGUAGCAUUCAGAUGGAUGAGAAGAUGCUGGUCUAUGAAUACAUGGAAAACAGAAGCCUUGAUGCCAUUCUGUUUGAUAAGACAAAAAAAUCCUCACUGGACUGGCAAAUGCGCUUCAACAUUAUAUGUGGAAUAGCUAGAGGACUUCUAUAUUUGCACCAAGAUUCCAGAUUUAGGAUAAUUCAUAGGGAUCUCAAGGCAAGCAACAUUCUACUUGACAAAGAGAUGAACCCAAAGAUAUCAGACUUUGGGAUGGCUAGAACUUUUGGCACGGAUCAGACAGAAGCAAAUACCACGAGAGUUGUUGGAACAUA